AUGGCUUGUGCGGGAACCCGGAAGUAGCUGACAGUUGCAGCUCUGCUCUCAGCCUGGAAGCUCAGAGGAGUCAGGAUGGUGUCAGAGGGAGAUCCGGGCAGCCUGGUGAAGGUGUUCUACCUUCUCAUACUAUCUGCGUCCUGGGGAAUGCAGUGCUGGGUGACAUUUGUAGCAGGGUUUGUUCUGAUAAGAGGCGUUCCCAGGCAUACUUUCGGCUUAGUACAAAGUAAACUGUUCCCUUUUUACAACCACAUCGUUUUGGCAUUCUCAUUUCUCAGCCUGGCCAUGUACGCCACAUACCACCCCCGAGACCUGCUUUCACCUGGCGAGACUGUACAGAUAUCUCUAUUUUUCGCCUCGCUCAUUUUGUCUGCACUGAACGCACGUUGGUUCUCCCCAUCCACCACGAAGACCAUGUUUAAGAUGCAGGCUAUUGAGAAAGAGCAUGGAUUAGGAGGAGGUGUGGGUCUGUCUGCCAACAUCGAAGGUUAUAAGCUCCUCCGGGAAAAGGAUCCCAAAUACCAAGCUUUGCGGAAAAGCUUUCUGCGCUAUCAUGGAAUAUCUUCGCUCUGCAAUCUCCUCUGCUUGCUGUGUAAUGGCGCAAACCUGGUGUACACAGCCCUUCUGCUGCCCACAAUUUAGACAAUGUGGAACAGGGGAAGCCAACCUUUCCAUUCCUUUUAU